AUGGCACGCAAAGAAAAUAGAAGAAACAAUAAAGAAUUUGCAAGUAACGCAGAGAAGGAGUCUCAGGCAGACGCUGAUUUAUCGUCGGAAGAAGAAUCGUCUGGAGAGAAGUACGAAGCCCUGAAAGAGCCAGAGGAAAUGAAUCUGCAGAUGGAGAGCAUUUACAAAAUACGCGAAGAAAUUCAGUUAGAGUGGCCGUCUUUGACUGUGUGCAUGGGAGAAGAAGAUGGAAAGAUACUGAUUGAGCAGACAGAUGAGAAAAACUGCUCGCAGAUUGUUGAGCUACAGGCUAGUCUAGGAUCCAAAAGCAGCAAUUCAGUUAGAAAAUCAGCAGCAGUUCACACACCCUCGCAGGUCAACAGAAUAAGAGCGUCAAACGGAAAAGUGUACGCAAUCACUGAUAGAUCGCUGCAUGUAUACGACAGCCAGUUGAAGCCCAUAAUAAAUAGAGAGAUAAAUGGAGGAUACGGCCUCUCCACUUACAAAACUUCGCUUUUCUACGGAGAUGGAAACGAAGUAGUCUUGCAAGCCAAUAUAGAAAAUAGCUCUCUUGAAAAAUUCAGUGUAGACGGCUCGUGCAUCUAUUCUGUGGCAGGAGUCUCAGAAAAUGAAGUGUUUGCAGCCACACAGUCACUUGACCUCGUAGAUUUCAGGUGCAAAGACUCUAAAAGAUAUCUUACUCUGCCAGUGGACAUAAAUUCAAUCGCAUACAAUGGAGAGAAUCUAAUCCUCGCAGGAGACGACGAAGGAGCACUUCGCUUGAUCGACAUGCGAAAUGAACAGAUUUUGGAAGAGAUUCGCUUCCACCAGUCUCCCAUCAGCCAUGUUCAGUUUAGCUCUAACGAGAUCUUUGCGUCUGCUUCAAGCUGCGAAGUGGUCAUCUGGGAUAUGGCAUACGAAGAAACAGAAGAGUGGGAGUAUCACAAGUACUUGAGUUUUGUGCACCAGGGGCAGUCCUACUACAAGGACUUUGAGUUUAUAAGCGAUGAUGUCAUCAUUGCCACAUCAAAGAAUGGUCUGUGCAUAUUCAGCCCGCAGUUAGAAAUACAAAGCGAAUAA